UCGCCGCGGUUCCGUUUCAGAGGCCUCGAGAUGGAUUCUAAGAUGUGGCUGCAUGGGGCCACAGCGUUCGGCUACGUACCGUGCGCCCUUGGCUAGGGAGGUAUGUACAGAACCAACACUCUUGUCGUCUCUGUUUCCACACUUUGUUCCAACGCUUCCUAUUCGCCCAUCUGCAAGUGGUCGGUCAGCCUCCAGCGAUAUGAGUAUUUGGAAUGCCCUUAGGAGUUGGCGUGCGUGGGAUGAUUUCUCAAGCCACACGGAUCGAGUAAAUCGUCGCUCUCGCUCGUAUCCCGGCGAUAAGCGUUGCCAAUUGCGAGUUCCUAACCAAAGACGAGGAGAGCUAGCCUCAGUUCUUCUGGCCAGGCCGCUGCGCUGCCAUGCUCCUCACCUUACGCAACUCAUGCAUGCAUGCUCGUGGGGUGGGACCCAACCAACAGUGAACUACGGCGGAGAAUCCGCCGUCCAUUGUGGAGACCACUCGCCAAGUCCUCCUUUCAAAGCCAUUUAGGGCCUGGAGCGAAAAUGCAUCUCAGUCCCCAUGCAUUGUCCGA